GAGAGAAGAAAAACGAAUGUACCGGACAGUCGGGGCUGUUUCUCAGCAGCACCGAGGAAGAGAAAAACGCCGAGGAAAACCACGUUUGAUCUUUUGAUUAUAGUUUUUCACAAAAGCUUCGUUGCGCUGCAGAGAGAGAUGGCGGUGACCGAAGGAGACGAGAAGAGAAAAACCACAUUUCUGGAUCUCAAGAUAUGCUUUUGGGCUUACCCGAAAGCCUUAUGGUAGUGAAAAAAGUUUUUAGCUUUCAUGGUAUUUAUUGUAGCACUUGCAUGUUCCGAUUUCUCAAGAGAGCCCGGGGACUUCACACUGGUUCACUUUCCUUUUACGCUGACCUCAUAGACCACUGUUUCUCGUCAAAAAGCUUGGAUUUUGCCAAACUGAUCCAUGCUCAGCUGAUAAAAGUGGGGUUCAAUAGCCAUACAUUCCUGGGUAAUCGUUGCAUCGAUCUGUAUUCCAAACUUGGUUCUGCAAACGAUGCUUUGCAGGCAUUUAAUGACAUACGUAACAAGAAUAUCAUAUCUUGGAACAUUUGCUUGAGGGUUCUUGUGAGAUGUGGUGACCUCGAAACUGCGCUCAACUUGUUUGAAAGAAUGCCCGAGCAAGAUGUCGUGACAUGGAAUUCGAUGAUGUCGGGUUACUCUUCCAAUGGGUUUUCUGGUCGUGUGUUGGAGCUUUUUGUGGGAAUGCAAAACGUUGGUAUGAUGCCAAAUGAGUUCACAUUCUCUAUUCUGGCGUCCUCUCUUAAGAGUGCUAAUCAUGCCAAGCAGAUUCACGGGAACAUGAUGAGGAGAGGUGUGAAUUUAUUGAAUGUGGUGGUGGGAAAUUCCUUGAUCGACAUGUAUGCAACAAUUGGUCUAAUGGAUUAUGCCUUUGGUGUGUUUUUAACAAUGGAGGAGAUAGAUGUCAUCUCUUGGAACUCUUUGAUAUCGAGCUGUUGCAAAUUGGGAUAUGGACAACUGGCAUUAAAUCAGUUCUGUUUGAUGAUAUCUUCUGGGUAUGUACCUGAUGAGUUUACAAUGUCAACAGUGAUUGCUGUCUGUACCGUCUUGCAGGAUCUUGAAAAGGGUAAGCAAAUUCUUGCUUUCUGUUUCAAGAAGGGAUUUCUUUCUAACACCAUUGUUUCAAGUGCUGCUAUUGACCUCUUUUCGAAAUGCAACAGAUUAGAGGACUCAAUCAUGCUCUUUGAAGAAUUGGUUACAUGGGAUUCUGUUGUUUGUAACUCCAUGAUUUCCAGCUAUGCCAGGCACGGGUUUGGGGAGGAUGCUUUGCAACUUUUUGUCCUUACAUUGAGGGACAACCUCAGGCCAAUUGAUGUCAAAGAUCUGAUAUCUUGGAACACCAUGAUUUUUGGUUUCACUGAAAAUGGAAGAGUAGCUGAAGCCUUAGAGAUCUUCAAGGACAUGCUGGAGGAAGGCUUACCACCAGAUAGAAUAACAUUAGCUGGGGUUCUAUUGGCUUGCAGCUAUGGGCUUUUUGUUGAUGAAGGGAUGCGUAUAUUUUCAUCAAUGGAGAAGGCAUAUGGCAUCAUGCCCAGACAUGAACAUUAUCUUUGUGUUAUGGAAAUGAUGAUUCGAGCUGGUAAGCUGAAAGAAGCUGUGGACAUUAUAGAGGCUAUGCCUCAUGAACCCAGUCCUUCAAUUUGGGAAUCAAUUCUUCGCGCUUAUGGAGCUGACAGAGACUUGAAACUUACUGAAAGAGUAGCUGAGAGAUUGUUAGAGUAUAAACCACAUGCAUCUUUCCCCUAUCUGGUAUUGGUUCGAGAAUAUGAGAUGAGGGGCAGAUGGGAAAGCAUGGUUCGGAUCAGGAAGUUGAUGGAAGAUAACAGUGUCAGUAAGGUGAUUGGAUGCAGUUGGAUUGGCAUUAGAAAGCACAUUUUUGCCUUUAGGGCAAACAAUAUAUUUCAUUAUGAACAGAAAGACAUUUAUUUGAUACUUGGAUUACUUAUGUGGGAGAUGGAUAUUGAAGCUUCUGACUCUGACCUCUAUCAUAAUGUGAGUGCCUGGGGAGAACAAGCGUAAAGUGGAAAGUUACUUGACUUGCACUUUAGCAGUAAAAAUUGAAUUUGAAACUACAGUUGAGACUGUCCAAAGUUUCAAGUCAAUUUGAUGAAACAGAGGCCAGGAUAAAUUUCAACUGACGCAAUUGACCUGCUUUAAAUAUUCAUUUGUGUACAUAGGAAUCCAAAAUUUUGAUAGAGUUCAGAUCAUUGGUUACCAUCCACUGCGUUUGGAAUGACAGAAAGUAGAUGGUAAUUGAAAUCCACCUGCAACUGAAUAUUUUGGUUGAUAAUCAAUACUACUGGCCUGGUAAUUGCUUUCAGUUUGCUGCAACUAGUAGGAAGCAGUUUCAAGAAUGAACGUGAAACUUCUUUUGGCGAUGGCUUGAGAUUUUAGUGGUAACAGUUUCUGGGAGCAUAUAUACUUUAAUUAUUGGAAGAAGUGCUGUAUAUGUUCACAUAAUUUUCAUUUAUAAAUCAAUUUGAGUACAGUUGGCAAUAUCCUUCAUAUGUCAUUAACAAGAACUAAGAAGGA